CACAUCGGUGCCUGCGCUGGCCAUGCUAGAAUCGGCAUAAACACGCAACACCCACAGUCUCACAAAAAUGCAGGCCGUCCCGGUUCGCGGCAAGCUUGGGCAUGCCUCAAAGAGCAUUAAGUUCCUUAGCCCACGAGCGAGACGCCUGCUGUCGCUUUUAUUCUUGGGCGGGGUCUUCUUCUUCGCGUUCCUAUCAUUUAGCACACACGUUAGGGAUCCAGAGGCAUCAAACUCUCGUAGCGGCAAGAAGGGCCAGGUUAAGGCUGGCAGCGCGCUCCGGAGGGCGCUCAGCUCUGCCACGGAUGGAGUGUCCACCAUCUCGGCGGUACACGUAGAGGCCGGGACUAGCGAACCUGUGCCGCGGAAACCCGUGAGGCUGCUGCUGGCCUCACACAAUCGGCUGUUCUGGUAUAGCGUGGAUGACAACACCACGCAAGUACUGCACGAGGGCGAGGGGGUGCAUUACGGCGUCUUCCCUGGCGACUUUGACGCCGACGGCACACUGAAGAGCGUGUGGAACGUGAUUCGGCCUCACAAUUGGCACCCGAAGACCAGCGAGGAACACCUGGUGCAGCUGGACGCAGACAGCGGCAAGGAGCUGUCCCGUGUACGGAUAAAGUCGCGCUUCACGCACGAUGCGGUGCGGCGAGGCGACCGCGUGUAUGUGGCCAACACGGAGGGCGGCGAGGUGCAGGAGCUGCAGUUCCCUUCCAUGAAGAAGCUGCGCUCCAUGUCGCUGUUCACGUUACGGCAGCACGUGAACACUCUGGCGCCACUGGACGGCGGCAGCGUGUGGGUGGUGCUGCACAACCUGGGCAAGUCAGAGGCGGUGAAAAUCGACCUAGCGGCGGACCCGCGGCCGCGCGUGGUGGCUCAGGUCAAGGGCGUGGGCCACAAGGCGCACGGCCUGGUGGCCUGGGGCUCCUCGUUCGUGGUCCUGGACAGCGAGAACGGCGCCCUGUCGCUAGUCAACCCCAGUACCGGGGAGGUCAAGCGCCACUUCAAGUUUCCUGGCGAGGAGGACCCGCCCAAGUUUCUCAAGGGGCUGUGUGUUGUGGACGACGUGGCAUACUUCGGCGUCAACGUGUGGGGCAGCCGUGACAGCCGUGACAGCGCCGACAACGAGGCCGAGCUGGCGGCGGUGGAUCUGGUGAGCGGCGAGCUGCUGUGGCGGCGGCGCGUGCCCACACACGGCCUGCUCAACAUCGUGGCAGCGCCGCAGCUGGGAGAGGCCUCCACGUACAGGGCCAUGGCCUCGGCAGGCGGCGUGGCGGCGGCGGUAGGAGCCGGCGCGGGCGCCGGCGACGCUGCGUCCGGCGACGCGGCGUCCUCGGGCGUGGCGGGCGGGGUGUCGGUGGAGGACGCGGCGGCGCUUGGCACGGCGACGGCCAAGGAGGUGGCGGACUCGGCGCGGCAGCACCGCGUGGCUGCGGAGCGGCGUGACGGCCGGCGGCGGGAGGCGCUGGCGAAGCACCACGCUGAGGCCAGAGCGGGCGACGCUGCCGGCAAGGGAGAGGGCUCAGCGGAGGAGGGGGCGGAGGGCCGGCGCCGCCACGGCCACAAGCAGGGCCACGGCGGGCGCGGCAAGAAGGCGUCGCUGGAGGAGCUGACCGCAUCCGAGGGCACGUCCGGGAGCACUAGCAGUGGCGGCAGCGGCGGCGAUGAGGUGGUGGCAGCGGCCGCCAAGCGUGGCGUGACGACGGGCAUUGAGGAUGAUGGCGUGAAGGCCGCCACGCGCAAGCUCAUAGACAUGGGCUACACGCCCAAGACCAAGGGCCACUGGGCCAGCGGACACCCACGGCUGGACCUGAAGCUCAAGGACACGCCGCGCGCCUUCGAGGCCGGCAUCCAACUGCCCCUCACCACCGUGGACAUCACCAAGCUCCGGGACCUUGUGCUCAACAUGCCGGACGACAUGUGGACGCCGGAGCGGCAGCGGCGGGAGAACGCGGCGGUCGACGGGCGCAAGGACAACAUGGCCAAGUUCAAGCCGGGCGUGGAGGCGCUGUACAUGGUGUUCAGCGACCAGUCCACGGAGCACGUGUACCGCUUCCCGUACUACGACUACUUCAAGGAGGCCAUCGAGCCCAUCCUGGAGAAGGUGGUGGGCAAGGAGGACAUGGACAAGGUGGUACGGCUGCAGUUUGCGCGCAUGAAGCCGGGCGCAGAGAUCAAGGUCCACAAGGACAUGGGCGGAUACGCGCGGUUUGCGCACCGCAUCCACCUGCCCAUCGUGACGCACCCCAACGUCAGCUUCGAGGUCUGCCCCAACGAGGACGGCCGCAAGCUGGGCCGCCGCAUGAGCCAGGCCCACAGCGCAGCGGCGGAGCACGACUGCGUGUCCAUACCCAUGGCGGAAGGCAUGGUGUUCGAGCUGAACAACCGCGUGUCGCACUUGGUGCUCAACAAGAGCAACGUCAAGCGUGUGCAGAUGGUGGUGGACGUGGCGGAGGACCCGCGCUCGCCGCGGCGCCUCAAGCCCGGCACCAUCUGCAACUACGAGCACGCAGUGAUGGUAUGUCCGCAGGAGAACACGCUUCCGGACUACUGAGGUUGGAAGAGAGGCGUGCGUGGUUGGGAAGGGACGGACUGCGGGCAUUAAUUUGUUUGGUGAAGUAGUGGUGAUUCAGAAGUAGCGAGCACGUGAGUGGGGGUGGAAUUCAUCCGGGAUGGCGGAGCUCAAGCGCGCCGGUGUCGAGGCGCGCUAGCUUGGGUGCCCCGCUUUCGGGCGACCGGGCGUGUGUAUGUGCGCUUGCAUGGAAUGUGGGUAGCCAUGGAUCGCGGCUAGUGUGGAGGACAUUUUGUGGCGCAGGAUGGGAACUGGGAGUCAAUUUUGCGGUACAUCGUACACGCGAUGCGCAUGCCAUCCACACAAGGUGCAUGGCUCAUGCGUGUAUACCGUAGCAAGGCUUCUCGUGUUUGUAGGGGCGCGUGAUAGCAUGCCCAAGUAUUUCUGAUUCGACACAGAGUGUGGGAAAAGCAAAAGAGGCAUGCAAUCCGUGUGUGCUGGCCCAUCAUCUUUCAGUGAUCUGAUCCACGACCUGCCACGACCGCCCUUGACUUCCAUAAAGGAACGCAUGUGCACCAAGCUCAUCAUUCCAAGUCGACCGGCUAUGACACGCCGUGUCACGCUGCGCUGCCUAAAUUGGCGCAAAUCGCAGGACCCACCAGU